ACACUCUUACCCUCCCACCCACCAACCCCCACCUUAGACACUCUCAGUAAAGCCGGCAACCACAAAGAAGACAUAGCGAGCACAAUGCCAGAGAUGAUGAUGGCUAAAAGUGGAGGUCCCAAGGGGGAUGAGGACAGAUUCUACUAUGAUUAUGACACCGUCCGAAACGGAGGCCUGAUUUUUGCUGGCUUGGCAUUCAUCGUGGGGCUGCUCAUCAUCCUAGGCAAAAAGCUUCGUUGUGGAGGCAAGAAGAAACGCCGGCAAAUCAAUGAAGAUGAACUCUGAGUCCAGAGCCAGUCACAUCCACGCCUGCAGCUCCCGCAGUUUGUUUCCCUUGAGAAGGAUGAGCUGUGCCUCUUUUGGAGACCUCCUCAGUGCCCUGCUGUCAUAUAUGCCUUUGCUGCUAGAACUUCCUCCCAAGGGUCUGCAUCACCUGCCUCCCCCCCCAGACCCCUAGGCCUCUUUGUGUUAAUAAUAAAGCUGGCUCCUAAGAGGGCA